AGUAUAGGGAAGAAAUACGGAAAGGAAAAGCAUUAGUUCACUCUCGAAAGAAAAUUUUUCGUCCACAUUCAACCUAAUUAAUUUUUUUGAGUCUAGCACUUACCCCUUUACUUCAUUUAAAAUUUAACCCAAAACAAGUACUACAAGAUGGCGCCCAAACCUAAUAAAAAGGAGGAGAAGAACAAGUUCACGGACCCUGAGAUCCUUAUGGCAAUCGUCAUGAUGAAAGUGAGUUGUUCCUGACACUGAUGAAGUUCUCUAUUGUCGUAGCUAGGUGCUGCACUGUCUAAGGCCCAUGUAAGUAAGGUGAAGGCUGGGCUUCAAUAGCCAAAAGCCUGGCUUGCAUUAGCCUUUGUCUGUGUCCAUUGAGAACGCAGGUCUGGCUCUGAUCUAUGUAUUUGACUACUACUUUUGCUUUCGCUUCUUCGAUCAAGACAGAUCGCAGGAGUAUUUUGUCCGUCCCGCUUGAAGACUUUUAGCUAAUACUAUGUGUUGACACUCAAAACCUCACUACUCUAACAAGCGGACGCACAUGACGGCAAUCUUGCAGAAGAUGAAAACCAGAGAAGCAGCCAUUUCUGGAUUUGUCGAAGAUGCGCCGACGUUUAAACUUUUCAAAGAGUGGCUCAUUGACUGCGGAAACCGUGACGGCAAGGUUCUACCCAUCCGCUUUUUUCUGUGUGUUGUCUAACUAACUACAGCUGAUUACACAGCAAUCUAACUGUCCGUAAGAUAUAUUUUAUUCCUUCGUAUGACCUUGAAUAUGCUCUAGCUCUAAUCUGUAAAUGCCCGGAAUUUACAACAAGGUUACUCAUUAGAGCACUCGUCUAGGUAUUGGAUAGGACUUCUCUACCUAUCAUCAUCAUCAUCAUCAUCAUAAACAUCACCUUUCUCUCUCUAGCCGCGCACGGACAAAGUAUUGCAAAAAGCGCUGACACACCAGGGUUGCGACGCGAUCCGCAAAGAAGCCGUCGACAAUCAAGGUAUCUACAUUUCCUAACGUUGUUGCUUUAGUAGUCUCGUACCUCGCUUCAUUAAUACAAUGACGAUUUUUUUUGUAAUUGCUCUCGCACUAAACGUCAACACAUUCAAUUGUAAUCAUCGAUGUAUACCUACAUCGACGAAGAACGUUCAACCAAAAUAGGACAACUUCUAUAACCAAACCGUGCUUUUCUCCGAAUAUUUGUCGAUUCUAGAAGCGCGCUUGCAGUUGAUUAUAGAAGCUGUCCUAUGUUACAUCGAUAGAAAGCUUCAAAAUAAAACUUUUGGGAACUUAUCAAAAUCAACAAACGUCUCAGCUUUCUCCCGCUAUGUGGACCAGCCGAAAAAAGCAACUGCACAGUUUGCCAAUUUUCUCGCUGGCCCCAUGAUGGUCCCAGUCGAAGAUGAUCGAAGAGAAUUUAUCCUAGAGUCUGAGUGGAUCAAUAUUAAGGUACAUCAUCAAUCUUUUGCUUAAGCCUACACCUAGAGCAUCUUUCUUCCCAGUGAAUGGUCGGCAACGAACUACAAAAACCUUCAUCGUUCAUGUUUAUCGUAGAGCACGUAGCAUCCUCCUACACCUACUAAUGUUGACUCUACCGAGUAAGACAUCCAGUCGCCUCCUCGUCUAAACCUCAAAUCACUCACCUACCCAUAUGAGCAAUAAACCACUAUUGGCAAUCGCCUUAGCUUCCCCAUACAAACAGGCGAGCCUCUCGCGUGCGAUCGAUUCCAGUUCUAGCCUGUCUGCCACUACUACGUGCUUGGAGAUACUCGGGAAGGCUUGCUCCAACCACAAGCUGGAUCAAUGGGCUCGAGAAACAGCCCUUCUACAAAAAAAAGCUCAUUUGUUGAUUGACGACGGUUCGAGUUACUACCGCCGCAUGAAGAUGAACCUCGACGAGCAAAUUUAUGGGCCAUAGGAUAGAUGUUUUUGACUUGUUUUUUACCUUAUUCUUUAGAUUUGACUUUGCAUAUCUUAUUAUCAUUCGUUUCACUCAGAAACGCAUCUGUAUUGAAAUACGAGUGAUCCACUCUAACACUUGCUGGCUGCAAACAACCUCCUCACGGAAACCGCCCGCAAGGCGUUGCAGUAUCUGCUGAUGAAGGCGAGCGUCAAAUAUAUCGUCGAUGCUUUAGCGGAUAAGUUAAGGCUUGCUGUCAUUCAUCCUAAUGCUGCGCGAGCGCGUCUUUCAUUCUCUAGAAGAAUGAAUGAACGCGGACGCAUCAAAGCCAGCAACGCUCUUCCGGAUGAAUAGCACCACACUCUAAAGAAAGCAAAAGCAAAUGAGUGCCCAUUGACGACCGUGCGCAAUGUAUUAAGAACUUGCUUUACUGUCUCCUCCCCUCCUACAAUUGCUUUGUCUAUAUUCUAUAAUCUCACCUCUUAUAGAUAUAAUUACCUUUUCUAUAAUCACAGUUGGUAGAAAAAGGUGUAUCUUCGCUGCACUUGAAUUAUCGAAGAAUGCCAACGAUUAGGAUUGCUCUGCUAUUGUAUCCAUGAAAGGAACUGUUGUCUCGUUAUCCCCAGACAUUUUCGGACGCCGACGUCUUUUCUCCUCUCUUCCUCAGCUGCUCCGGUCGGCGACAUUACGACCUGUGUGCGACAUGUGUCCUGUUUUGGGCCUAUGGCGGGACGAGUUAGAGCCAUGUGAAACGGCAAGAGACGUUUACUUAUGGCACACACUACAGCUAUAAACGCAUGAUCUUUGAUAUUGUUCGACUGCUAGAGUCAGCUCUGCAUCCACCAACGACCACGAGAGGCGCUAUGAGCCACGACGAAGCUCUCUGUCUCUCAUCUAGUUCUAUUUACUUUGUUCUUCCUAUCCUCGCUUGUUUUCUUCUAUCUUGUAUCAUUAGCGACUCUCUCAAGACUAGGAGUUUUGUCUUAGCAGAGCGAUGUUCUGUAAUGUUUUUUAUGUCCCAAAUGGUCCUUGCGCCACAACCUUACAUAUUCCUUCAGUUCCAUCGAGUACGCAUAUUUAUAGAGAGACCUCGCUUUCCUUCUAAACAACCUGUGGUACUGUUUUAAAGAAGGGCGCGAACCGUUCCACCCCUCGUGGGAGGAUGAGCUUAAGGCCUGGCGUGAUUCAUUUUAAGGACCACCCUUCACACGUUUCGAAGGGCACACAGACACAUGCGAAAGAUGACUCUUAAGAUGGAUGCAACUAAGCUCUAACGAAAAAAGAAUGUUGGAAUUGAUCGAUUAUCGCUUGCAGUCUGCAUCUGGUAGAGCAGGAGAAGAUGAAGUGUGUGGAAGCAAAAAGCGAGCAGCAACAACGCCUGCCACCCGUGGCAAAGAAACGAGAAAGUACUAACUUCCUACCCAUCAAAUAACUUUACUGAUCUUUUCGUUAGAAGUGAGUUGUUGGACUCCAUGAGAAGGCAUUACUUCGAGCUCUUCUACGAGAAUGCUUCUUCAUCUUUUUCUUCAUAGCGUGAUAGGUAAAGCUGGCGUCCUCUGUUCGUCAGCUUCGUUUUUCGUUCUUACAGCCCAAUAUUGAAGGUACGCACACCACGGGAUGAAGGAUGAGAGUGAUUUUUUGGGUUUCUUGCCGAAAGAGCUAAGGAUGCUAAGCAACAAUAACAACGACACGGUGACGAGUGGCUCCAUGCUCGGCGGUGGCAACGGCUUGGACGAAGAGAUGAUCGAAGAGUUCCAGGCGAUGGGUCUGUCAAUGGAUAUGGAUGCCGAUAUCGCAGGCGAUGAGACGCGCAAGGAACUGAUGGAGAUGCGCAAGAAACCAGAGACAAAUGAGGAGGAGGAGAAUCCUGCUCAGCUGCGCGUCAACACACCCACCGCCCACCUUACGAUCACUCGUCCAUCUCCCUUCAUACCCUAGCAUCUUUUCAUUGAAUCACCCACAUCCAUCGACAGGCUGUUGCCAAUGCUUCAUAAGACGCCAAGCAUGAGUCAAUGUCUAGCGUAUUUCUUGCUGGUGUCUAGCUACCCGAGCCCCAAAUACUCACUGUCUCUUGCUCUAAUCAUCGCGUCACCAUUGCGGAAUCUGCAUUACGUCGCAACCACGCACGAAUUCAGACGAAGCUCAACGAAUUAGAGCAGCAGGAGGGUCCCGAAGUCUUGCCAAUGAUCAACAGGCUCUACGACUGGUUAUUGAAGAACCCGCUGCCUCAACCUGAGUCCAUUAUGUUCAGGGUGAGAACUAUAUGAUACAGAAGAUCGGCCUCAUGUCAUCAGCGCACAGGAUGACCUCGCAGAAAGAGUAAGUCAGUGUCUAAAACGAGUUGUUUUUUUUAGCAUGGAGCACACUGAUUAUGUUGGCCUGUUGAUGCAUUCUUCUUGCUCUAAUGCUAAUCCCCAAGAAGACGAGCAAGGCAGCAAAGAUAGAAACGAAGCUGAAGCGAAAAGCACUACCGAUGGCACUUCUCAAGGACAGACUUCUAGUGAAGCCCGAUCGGAGAAGCGCGAACGUCUACUACCGUAUUCAUCCUUCCUUGGAAUUUUACAGCUGCUACACAUGAACAUCACUAAAAUAAGCAUCGCUUGGCUUCCUAGUGGACAAACGGAGUCAGGCUUAUUAUUUUUGUGUCAUUCGGGGUGAGAUCGUUUUCGUCUGGGGCUAAAUACUUCUACUUAGUAUUGUUUUACUUUUUUGCUCUACAACUCAACUUCAGCUCAGCAGACGACGAAGACGCGAAAACGAAGGACUCAGAGGACAAAAUAGAUCCCGGUUACCCUAAGGUGGACAUCGACGGGAAGUUCUGCCCUAUCCGUGUGUACGGCCUGGCCGAUUGAAAAAUUGAAGAAGAAGAAAAAGAAGAACACCCUGAGCACCUUUGUAUAAUUUCUUCCUGCUCGGAGUAAUAUCUUCUAUUUCUCUCGUUUCAAUCAGUUGCGGCUGUCAUAAAAGCGCGUACGGUGUAGUUAUGGCUAAAAGGAACUCUAACGCCUCAAAGUCUUAAACCAUACUGCAUAGUCCGCAACAAAUCCACUUCUUGAAUUGUCAUAGGCAGCAGCUCGGACUCAGUCUAAUCAGUCAAAAGACUUCUCCAUUCAAUUCAUGAGGAGCAACUUAAUGUGUACAAAUCUAAUACUGACCCGAAGUCUACUGAAGAACUUGUGCCAUGGGUGAAGACGUCGAAGGGCACACCGACUUGGGACUUGUAUAUGGCCUUGAGGGACUCGGUAAAUCCUUUUUUUUAUUGGAGGACUAGGCUUCGUCUAUCCUUUCCAUGUAAAGCGCUUUCUUUGCACUCUAAGUGUAACGUGAUGAAAGACUGAACUUUUAGGAGCACAUAGCUCUUGCUCGUAUUUUUUCUUGCUGAUGAAUAGUUCCGAGAGAUUACGCCUGACUUCGUUGUUGUGGGAUCAUACUUAGCAGCGCAUCGCGCUUCCAACAAUAUUGGUAUUGCAAGUUCAUGAAAAAUGAUUAUCUUGCGACUUUUAUCUCGUAAAUUUUCCAGUUCUACGUAAAGCUGAGAGACUUGGUCGAGGAGAAGGACUUUGCAGAAUUGUUGUUAUGAAGCAAGCACUUUUUGAGUCUAUGUCUCUGCUACCUACAAGUAUAUAUAAGUCUCUGCUUGUAUAGAGUUCAGGGACUUCUUUCCCCCGCUAAAUAAAUAGUCUCGAUGUGUCAAAAUUUCAGUGGAGAUGAAGACAGCAACCUGGAGUCACUAGAUGCAAGUCCUUGCUUUCAACGAUAGAGAUAGUCCUGCAUUGAAUUUGCAUCGUCGUUGUUACCAGUUUCAUGCAAAAAGCUUACUGCUCACUUGGUUGCUAUGGUUUAACUUUGAAUAUAACUUAAGCUACAUAUGCUGCAUCAAGUAUAACCGUAGGAACUUGAUCUGGUCAAGCAUAUCUUCUGAAGGUACUUCGGGGAAAGCAAGUCCAUUUACUUUAGUGUCUAUGCGUAGAAUCUAAUCAUCCGCGACCUGCAUAAGCUAAACAAGAAAUACGACCCAAACAAACUCACCGACCCGCCUGUUCUUUCCGGAAAGGUGUUGAUGGAAUUCGUGUGCAGUGUCCGAGGCAAAUUCGCUGAUCCAAUCUUAUGACUGUUCGCUACCGUAGCGCUAAUUACUCUUAGCUUGAGAGCCAAGCCAAUUUUUCACAAAGACAAGUCACUCAGUUACUUCGUUGUAAAUCACAUAUUGUCAUACCUUUCUAAUACGUGAAGUCAUGCGCGACGGCAGCUUGGCAGAGUAUGGAGACGUCAUUUUAUGGCUAUGGGAUUUGCUGGUCCCCUUUGCUAGUAAGCUUAAGCUCUACCGUAGCGCAAGCGUCGUCUCGAAGUCUGUUCUUUAUCUGAAUCCGCAGUCUUCAUCUGCAUCCCUCAGACCUAGUCUGUCUAUAAGAGAGCUAGCAUAGAUAAAACGAGGCAGGUGGUCGCUGUGAAUGGUUCUACUUGCAGACGAUCUGUGCUAGAUUCUCGAAACUAGAAUGAGAAUAUCUCGUGCGGAUUCUUAUGUACCAUCGCGGCACAGUCCUGCUGUUGCUACUUAAGACUAUCUAUUACUAUCCAUCUCCGCACGACGCGAAGAGAAAACUAUCUACGACCAACUUCAAGGCACGCAGAUGUAGCGCCUGUCGUGUGGGUCAUGCAGAUAAUCUUAUCCUCUGCGCAACUGUUCACAUUGUAGUCGUACUAUUCUAAUGCCCGGACUGAAGGAGCUGAUGCGCACGGUGAACCUUUAUGCCUCAACGCAGUUCAUUUCUACAUGAAUUCUUUCCCUCUGUCCUUGUUGGGGUCGGGAAAGAUAAGCAAGAAGUGAAUUGUUUUGAUGCUCUCUAAAAUCUCUUCGAGCAUGAAAAUACUGCAAGGAGCAUUUAUGGACUGUAGUGUGCUUCUAGAUGGCGCUGUCGACUGGAAUUUACUUUGUUCUUAUUGUUGUGCAUUAUGCUCUUUUUGCAGCACUUUAGUAUGUAUCUAUAUACGUUUCCCGCUAGAAGGAAGGAUAUACUGGCCAGCAACUUCAAAUGCCUCCCCCCGUCUUUCCCUUCACAGGCGACAUGACUUUCUAAAAAUGGUUCCAAACAAACGAAGCAUGUCAGAUCCACGGCGUGGAAUCACUACAACAAAUCGUCAGCGAUUCCAAUGCCAAGGGGCUACUGGCGGAUAUUGGGUAUGAUCCGAAUAACCCGAAGAAGCGCUUUCUAGAGGCGCUAGAAAUGUUCACGGAUGAGAUUGCCAUACAGGUACUAGCAAUUACAUACUUGACCUGCGUCGUUAUAUCUGGGCAGUUUAUCAUGGAGGUCACAAAUAGACUUGAAGCUUAUCUAAGUAGCAAGUCCUACUUCUUGCGUACGCCAUUAUACAGAGUUUGAGUCUAUGCGGCUUGGUCUACUGUGGACUAAGGUCCCUUUAUGAGAGAGAAAGUGCACAAACGCGACCAACUGUGCCGGGCUGUGUCAGGUGACACAGGCCGGCAUGCUCGAUUCGGGAGGUUCUAGUAUCUACUGUGGACCAAGGUGCCUUUAUGAAAGUGCACAAACGCGACCAACUGUGCCGGGCUGUGUCAGGUGACACAGUCCGGCAUGCUCGAUUCGGGAGUUUCUAGUAUCUACCGUGGACCAAGGUGCCUUUAUGAAAGUGCACAAACGCAACCAAUCGUGAAGGAGGCGUUUGUGCACUUACAGGCCAGCAUGGUGGGCUCUGCAGUUUCUCACGUUUGGUGUGCGGCAAUGUCAUUUACUUUCCAAAGUCGCAAGUAAGUAUGCGGCCGUGAUGAUCCUUGAUCGAUACUUUGAUGCUGCUGGAUUGAUGAAUUGAGUACAGUCAAUGUCUUGCUCUUGCAGUUGCAAGUGUCCAGAAGAUAGCUACUUUCUCUCGACGUCAUUCUCCUCUUCAUAAUCACCGCCAUCAGCUUCCGAUUUACAUCCAGAAUUCGACGAGAAAAGCGAAUAAAUCCGACCGCUUAACAGCGGAAUUUUCGAAAUAUACGCCAUAUAUGCGGUACCUAACGAACAGCGGGAUGACCAAAACCUUCACCCGCGAGGAAUCCAACAAAAUCGGUGCUGAAGCUUAUGAUAGAACUGACUUCUUGAUGAGUUGGCCUCGUUGCUGUAACUGGAACAAGCGCCAUGCACAUGGCAACUAUAAGCGAAACAUUAACUACUUUGCACACUGCGUGCACUGCUAAUCAUCAUUGACAGUUAGCAGUAAACGCAGUGCGAGUUUCCACUAGAGGAAAAUAAGUAAGACUGGCUUGUUAAUGACUAGAGAAGCAACGCUUUCUAAUGUUGUACGUUGCUGCAGCAGGCGUCGGUUGUUGCUGCUGACCACAUCAACUUGAUCAUUCAAGUUGAGCAGGCAGGUGCCGUAGUGAACCCGGAGUACUUAAGAUUCGCGUAUAUACCUUUACUCAAGGCUUAGGGAAGCUUUUGCCCGGGUUUUCAAGGCUUAGACCUUAAGCUUGGCCCCCAGGGCUUAGGAUGUGAAGAAAGAUGCAUCUUAUCCCCAAAGAUACACUUCCUCCCCCCAGAUACAUCUUAUCUCCACAGAUACACUUGAUCGCCGCUUCUAAUUUUCCAACAGUUAUUCUCUUCCGAAGAUGAUUCUGACGCGAUGCUGCUAUCAACCGCCGAACAAGCUAAGCUCAGGCUUCAAACGGACCGCAACUGCUUUUGUCUAAAUAGACAAGAGUCUGCUAUUCGGAUGGUAAUGAGUGAUCCCUUUGCCUUGAUGGUAAAGAAGUAGUCCAAAUGGCUUCUGCACAUUUGUGUGCUCCAUUUUAUAGAAGCAUUUCUAUUAGCGCUUGCCAAUUUGUGUCGCUAAUAAGUAGUUGACUUACUCUCGCGAAGACCUAUAAACGGUUAGUUUUCGACGUGGUUAGGUACUCGCCGUUGUAUUUCAUCAUCACCACGAUGUCAAACGCUUUCUCCCCUAUUCAGAUUGAUUUUACUACGAUAUUGGCGAACCUCACCUCGUUUCGUAGCGCUCUGAAUUGUUCCCAGCAGGCUAACGACCCAAAUUCCUUAUGGGCUCAAAUUCGCACGAAGCUCGAAACGCUGCAGCACGUGGCCUGGGACUACUGUUUGUUUCCAUGUUAUGGCAUAGAUAAGUCUUCUUGUUGUAGUAUGAGGACUAUCCUGAAUGAUUUUGAAUUUGAUCAUUGUGGAUUCUGGUAGCGACAUGUCUCAACUCAUAUGCAUACGCAUUAGAAAUUAGCUCACUUGUGUCUCGUCGCUGGUAGGUAGCUUACAUACUUGACAGUCAUACUUCUCUCCUCACUUGCUGUCUAGUGCCACGACUCACGCGUUGGUCUUUGUUCUUGUGUUUAUAUUGUAGUCUCUUUAUUACCUUUCUGUUCUAACGAAGGGCGAAAAACCAAGUGUGCUAUGCCAUCAACAAUGAUAUUUUGCGUGGUGUCGAGUCUUCGGCAAGCUUGAUCAAGCAAAUCGAAGGUUUACCCAUCUGGAAGCUCAGCAACAACAGGGUCUUCGCGGAAAGGUUGAACCAAUUGGUGGUCAUCGCUAAGGUACUAUACGGCUUAAGUUUUUUAUUUUGGCGUCGGCUUAAGACUUAGUGCUAGGAUUAUGAAGCUUAGACCUAUAUCUAUAUUUACGCGACCAGCUACACGCAAACUUAUGUUAUUAUGACUCUACGUUGCAGUGCUAUCAUCAUUUUAUGAAACUUCUCUACAGCUUCAAGGCUACCUUCCUUGAAGUAAAAGCCAUAAAAAACGUUGCUAUCAGGAUACUUUUACACGUCGGUGCACGGAACUGAAGGCCUACACCGCACGAAGUAAGUCGAUGACGGACUGGGUUUCAAGAGCUCCGGCAGGUACGCAGAAGGCAGUCGCUGAGAGAGUGGAGCAGAAGCUUGCCCAAGAAUGGAAGGAAUUGAACGCUUCGAUCAAAUCAGUAAAGGACAUGUUAAGAAAUGCGAGGAGAGACAUUGCUGCUUUAAUUCUGUGCUCGCUGCGCAGCAAUGAGUCACUGCGAUCCUUUAGAACUUACUUAUGCUCGCUGGUAGAAGAGUGUGUCGGAAUUUAUCUUUCUUGAUAUGGUCGCUUCUAGAGCUGUGCAGUAGCCGUUGCUUCUUCUAUCGGACUUUAUUACGAAUCGAAUAUAUUAACUAGAGUGAUUAUUAGAAACUCCUCAAUCUCUCUAAUCCAAAAACUUCCGGAGAACGAAAACGCUGAUGACUGGCUUCAAAUUAUGGCAUGGCUGAGUAUACUUCUAGCAUACUGAUGCAUCUUACAAACGCCUGCCCUUCUAGAAUACAGUAGUACUUUGCGCCAUCGCGCCGAGUAUCGAUCUGUUACUCGUGUAGUAGCAGUAGGUCUGGGCGCUACCUUAUUUUUCUUCUAAGCCCUCGCACAUUACUUGCGUCACUUCUAUGAAGACGACAGGCGGCCACGCUGAUGCCAACGACAUGAACGAUCGUUCCGGCGGGGAUGCUGAUGAUGAUGGUGGCCUCGAUGACAUCAUGAAUGUCCGCAGAAAUCAGAAAAGGAAGAAGAAGGACUAAGCCAUUCGUGCUUAAAGCACGCUAAUCAGGAUCCGUCUGGAAUCCAUCAGAUUACUUUACUUUUCAUCAUUUGUUAGCGACGUUCUUGUCGUAUGCAAAAAUAUACUAACUGCGUCAGAAGUAGGUUGUUGAUUUUGAUAAGGUAGCAUUAACGCGACAUCUACUAUUGAAGGAAGCGAGCUUGUUAGCUUCCUCCAUCUUGUUUCUCAUGCUCAUCCCGAGACUGAUUCACAAGAAGUUGGCCGGCGGCCGCGAUGGAGUAGCCCUCAAGUGACAUGCUUCAGCAAGAUGCUGCAAAUUACUACUCGUGGGCUGUCCUCUGAAGCUAUGUAUGAACUAAAGUGAUCUACUAAUGAAGAUUGAUGAGCCUCCGUUUCUUUCUAUAAGAAGAAUUAUUUAUCAGCAGUUGCAGAUCCAUGCCCAUCCUACUACUAGGUGUAGAAUAACCAGCAGCAGCAACAUCAACCAGACGGUGCAUCAAUAUUGUCCGACAACUUUCGCGAUAUCUUGUUGCUCUAUUUUCAUUGGUAACCCUUUGUGAUCUGAAGCAAAAAAGCAUACCUUGGUGGAGUCAUGGCUUAUUAUUGUUUAUUUCUCGUGGUAAGAAUCUGCUGUCCCAACUCACGAACUACAUUUAUUACGAGAAGAUCUACUAAGGCUGAACUCUACUACCUACAAAGUUCAUAUUAAAGAUAACUAAGCAGGCACGUGUAACUGGUCGCCAUAAUUAUAUACAUGAGUAGAGUUAUGUUUGGUGCGGACACAGCCCAAUCCGCGAAGUCAACAUCCUGUGUGUAGUGGCACAGAGCGAGUCUGCCUAGAGCCAUUAGAUAAAUUUACUUGUUCUUUCGUUUUCCAUAUUUUUUGUCAGCUAGAUCAUAGAGUAUGAGACUGGCAAGCUUUCUAGUAUUAGGUCAUGACGAAUUUUCAAGUUUCAACUAGCGGCAGCAUCUGUAGGAGAAGUUAUGACUACGUACUCAAUGGCAUUGCUUUCAUCUUGUUCUUCUUAGAAAUAUAAGUUGUCUUGCUGUGCUUGUAGUUCUUGAAGUAUCUAAUGUUUGUUCUUGAUAUUGAUUUUGAUCUUACAUUAUCGACAUUGUAUAGUGAAAACGCAAUCUCAAUAAAAGCCGCACUUUCCUAGAAGUUAUAAAGAUUGGCAGCGAGUACAUUCUUAAAGAACAGGAUGGUGCGUAUCUGUGAUGGGUAAACUUUCAUCUAUUUGCUGUCUCUCCAAGUAGAAGAUUGCGUUUGUGAGUCUAUCUGUUUUAUAUCUCAUUGUUGGGACUCAUGGUCUAUCUGAUUUAUAUCCCAUUGUUGAGACUCAUGCGGCCGCUCACUACGUAGCUUACCUUGCUCUCUAAACUCUCGGUCGCGCUGUUCGUACUCUUAUUCCUUCGAUUUCCUGCGUAAUCCCUCAUGUCACACCCUUAUGGCUAUGGACAUUCCCAAGAAGUAUCGUCGUAAGUGGAAGUCCAGAGUUUGAUCGCACUUUGUUGAACACUGCAAAACACUUCGGAUUUUCAUCAAAAACGCGAUAAAUACGAAUAUAAAUCAUAAGUGUCGCUGUUCUAGUGAUCUCCACAUCAGUGGAUACUUACAGGAGGAAGAGUUUGCGUCUUUCCUGCUCCUGGCGACAGUCUUACUACUUGCAGGCUGCCUCGAUGGAUAAAUCAAGAAGGUCCAUGUGCGUUCCAUCUAUCAUUCAUGAAACGACGUCGAGGAAUCUUUUGAAUAAUAAAAUUCUCGCGGAGGCCCCCUGAAUGGAUGAGUGCAUGAAUGAUUAAUAAUGGCGGUGCCUUUCGAUGAUUGACGAGAAUCAACGAG